UGCAUCAUGAACGGGGUGAUGUGCAGGAACGGGCGCUGCGUCAACACCGACGGCAGCUUCCAGUGCAUCUGCAACGCCGGCUUCGAGAUCACCCCCGACGGCAAGAACUGCGUGGACCACGACGAGUGUGCCACCACCAACAUGUGCCUCAACGGGAUGUGCAUCAACGAGGACGGGAGCUUCAAGUGCAUCUGCAAACCCGGCUUUGUGCUGGCCCCCAACGGGCGCUACUGCGUGGACAUCGACGAGUGCGAGACCCCCGGGAUCUGCAUGAACGGCUGGUGCAUCAACACGGAGGGCUCGUUCCGCUGCGAGUGCCUGGGGGGCCUGGCCAUCGGCGUGGACGGCCGCGUCUGCGUGGACACCCACAUGCGCAGCACCUGCUACGGGGGCAUCAAGAAGGGCACCUGUGCCCGCCCCUUCCCCGGCGCCGUCACCAAAUCCGAGUGCUGCUGCGCCAACCCCGACCACGGCUUCGGCGAGCCCUGCCAGCCCUGCCCCGCCAAGAACUCCGCGGAAUUCCAGGCUCUCUGCAGCAGCGGCAUCGGGAUCACGGCUGAUGGCAGAGACAUCAACGAGUGCGCCCUGAACCCCGACAUCUGCCCCAACGGGAUGUGCGAGAACCUGCGGGGCAGCUACCGCUGCAUCUGCAACCUGGGCUACGAGUCCGACCCCACGGGCAAGAACUGCGUGGAUGUGGACGAGUGCAGCGUGAACCGGCUGCUGUGUGACAACGGGCUGUGCAGGAACACCCCCGGCAGCUACACCUGCACCUGCCCCAAGGGCUUCGUGUUCCGCACCGAGACCGACACCUGCGAAGACAUCAACGAGUGCACGUCCAACCCGUGUGUGAACGGGCUGUGCCGGAACAACGCCGGCUCCUUCGCCUGCGAGUGCUCCCCGGGCAGCAAGCUGGACCCCAGCGGCACCAUCUGCGUGGACAGCAUGAAGGGAACCUGCUGGCUCAACAUCCAGGACGGGCGCUGCGAGGUCAACAUCAACGGGGCCACGCUGAAAUCCGAGUGCUGUGCCACGCUGGGGGCGGCCUGGGGCAGCCCCUGCGAGCGCUGCGAGAUCGACACCGCCUGUCCCCGCGGCUACGCCCGCAUGAAGGGCGUGACCUGCGAAGAUGUGAACGAGUGCGAGGUGUUCCCCGGCGUGUGCCCCAACGGCCGCUGCGUCAACUCCGCCGGCUCCUUCCGCUGCGAGUGCCCCGAGGGGCUGACCCUGGAUGGCACUGCCAGGACCUGCGUGGACGUGCGGGUGGAGCAGUGCUACAUGCGCUGGGACGAGGACGAGUGCACGGAGCCGCUGCCGGGGAAGUUCCGCAUGGAUCUGUGCUGCUGCUCCGUGGGCUCUGCCUGGGGCUCUGACUGCGAGGAGUGUCCCCGGGUGGGCUCCAGCGACUUCAAGGCUCUGUGUCCCCGCGGGCCUGGCUUUGCCAACCGGGGGGAUGUGCUCUCGGGGCGGCCCUUCUACAAAGAUGUGAACGAGUGCAAGGUGUUCUCCGGGCUCUGCACCCACGGCACCUGCAGGAACACCAUCGGCAGCUUCAGGUGCAUCUGUGGCAAUGGGUUUGCUCUGGAUGCCGAGGAGAGGAACUGCACAGACAUCGACGAGUGCCGCAUCUCCCCCGACCUGUGCGGCCACGGCUCGUGCGUCAACACCCCCGGCAGCUUCGAGUGCGAGUGCUUCGAGGGCUACGAGAGCGGCUUCAUGAUGAUGAAAAACUGCAUGGACAUCAACGAGUGCGAGCGGGACCCGCUGCUGUGCCGGGGCGGGAUCUGCAUGAACACCGAGGGCAGCUUCGAGUGCAUCUGUCCCCCGGGGCACGAGCUGACAGCCGAGGGCCACACCUGCAUCGACAUCAACGAGUGCUCCCUCAGUGACAAUCUGUGUCGCAACGGGCGCUGCGUCAACGUCAUCGGCACCUACCAGUGCUCCUGCGACCCGGGCUUCCAGGCCACCCCCGACAGGCAGGGCUGUGUGGACAUCGAUGAGUGCACCAUCACCAACGGGGGCUGUGACACGCACUGCUCCAACUCCGAGGGCAGCUACGAGUGCAGCUGCAGCGAAGGCUACGCCCUGAUGCCAGACAAGAGGUCCUGUGCAGAUAUUGAUGAGUGUGAGGACAACCCUGACAUCUGUGACGGGGGGCAGUGCACCAACAUCCCCGGGGAGUACCGCUGCCUGUGCUUCGACGGCUUCAUGGCAUCCCUGGACAUGAAGACCUGCAUUGAUGUGAACGAGUGCGACCUCAACCCCAACAUCUGCCUGCACGGCGAGUGCGAGAACACCAAGGGCUCCUUCAUCUGCCACUGCCAGCUGGGCUACUUCGUCAAGAAGGGAACCACGGGCUGCACAGACAUCGAUGAGUGUGAGAUUGGAGCCCACAACUGUGACAUGCACGCGUCCUGCAUCAACGUCCCCGGCAGCUUCAAGUGCAAGUGUCGCUCGGGCUGGCUCGGGGAUGGGCUCAAGUGCAACGACCUGGAUGAGUGUGCAACUGAGGAGCACAAGUGCAACCUGAACGCCAACUGCGUGAACACGCCGGGCUCGUACCGCUGCGCCUGCCGCGACGGCUUCAACGGCGACGGCUUCUCCUGCUCAGACGUGGAUGAGUGCGCAGACAACGUGAACCUGUGUGAGAACGGGCAGUGCCUGAACGCCCCCGGCGGGUACCGCUGCGAGUGCGAGAUGGGCUUCAACCCCACCGAGGACAGCAGGGCCUGCCAGGACAUUGAUGAGUGCACCUUCCAGAACAUCUGUGUGUUCGGCACCUGCCAGAACCUGCCCGGGAUGUUCCGCUGUGCCUGCGAUGAUGGAUACGAGCUGGACAGGAGUGGGGGCAACUGCACAGACAUCAACGAGUGUGCAGACCCCGUGAACUGCAUCAACGGGCUCUGUGUCAACACCCCCGGCAGCUACCUGUGCAACUGCCCCCAGGACUUCGAGCUGAACCCCACUGGGGUGGGCUGUGUGGAUACCCGGGUCGGGAAUUGCUUCCUGGACACGCAGGACCGAGGGGACGGGGGCAUCUCCUGCGGCGCUGAGAUCGGCGUGGGGGUGACCCGAGCGUCCUGCUGCUGCUCCCUGGGCAGAGCCUGGGGCAACCCCUGCGAGCUCUGCCCCCCAGCAAACACCACCGAGUACAAGACCCUGUGCCCCGGGGGAGAAGGGUUCCGGCCCAACCCCAUCACCGUCAUCCUGGAGGACAUCGAUGAGUGCCAGGAGCUGCCAGGGCUGUGCCAGGGCGGGAACUGCGUCAACACCUUCGGCAGCUUCCAGUGCGAGUGUCCCCUGGGCUACUACCUCAACGAGGACACGCGCAUCUGUGAAGACAUCGACGAGUGCUCUGCCCACAUCGGCAUCUGUGGCCCUGGCACCUGCUACAACACCCUGGGCAACUACACCUGCGUGUGCCCGCCCGAGUACAUGCAGGUCAACGGGGGCAACAACUGCAUGGACAUGAGGAAGAGCGUUUGUUACCGCAACUACAACGACACGUGCGAGAACGAGCUGUCCUUCAACAUGACCAAGAAGAUGUGCUGCUGCUCCUACAACAUUGGCAAGGCCUGGAACAAACCCUGCGAGCCCUGUCCCACCCCUGCCAGCCCCGAGUACCAGAUCCUGUGUGGGAACCAAGCCCCCGGAUUUAUCAUCGACAUCCACACAGGGAAACCCAUUGAUAUCGAUGAGUGCAGCGAGAUCCCGGCGAUCUGCACCAACGGCGUCUGCAUCAACCAGAUCGGGAGCUUCCGCUGCGAGUGCCCCAUCGGCUUCAGCUACAACAACAUCCUGCUCAUCUGCGAAGACAUCGACGAGUGCAGCAGUGGGGAGACGCUGUGCCAGCGCCACGCCGAGUGCGUGAACAUCCCGGGCAGCUUCCGCUGCGAGUGCGCCACGGGCUACAGGCUGUCCCCAGGGGGGGCCUGCGUGGGUCGCAACGAGUGCCAGGAGAUCCCCAACGUGUGCAGCCACGGCGACUGCGUGGACACCGAGGGCAGCUACGUCUGCAUCUGCCACAACGGCUUCAAGGCCACCGGGGAGCAGACCAUGUGCAUGGACAUCGACGAGUGUGACCGGCAGCCGUGUGGGAACGGCACCUGCAAGAACACCGUGGGCUCCUACAACUGCCUCUGCUUCCCGGGCUUCGAGCUCACCCACAACAACGACUGCAUGGACGUGGAUGAGUGCUCGUCGCUGCUGGGGCAGGUGUGCAGGAACGGGCAGUGCAUCAACAGCGUGGGCUCCUUCCAGUGCCUGUGCCAGGAGGGCUACGACCGCACGCCCGACGGCAAGAACUGCGUGGACAUCAACGAGUGCGUGAGCCUGCCCGGGACCUGCUCCCCGGGCACCUGCCAGAACCUCGAGGGCUCCUUCCGCUGCAUCUGCCCGCCUGGCUACGAGGUGCAGAACGACAACUGCAUCGACAUCAACGAGUGCGAGGAGGAGCCCAACAUUUGCCUGUUCGGGACGUGCACCAACACCCCCGGCAGCUUCCAGUGCGUGUGUCCGCCGGGCUUCGUGCUGUCCGACAACGGGCGCCGCUGCUUCGACACUCGCCAGAGCUUCUGCUUCACUCGCUUCGACAACGGGAAGUGCUCCGUGCCCAAAGCCUUCAACACCACCAAGGCUCGGUGCUGCUGCAGCAAAAUGCCCGGGGAGGGGUGGGGAGACCCCUGCGAGCUGUGCCCGCAGGAGGGCAACGUUGCUUUCCAGGAGCUGUGUCCGUACGGCCACGGGGCCAUCCCAGGCCCGGGUGACACUCGGGAAGACGUGAACGAGUGCUCGGAGAACCUGGGCGUGUGCAUCAACGGCGCCUGCAUCAACACCGACGGCUCCUUCCGCUGCGAGUGCCCCUUCGGCUACAACCUGGACUACACCGGGGUCAACUGCGUGGACACGGACGAGUGCUCCAUCGGCAAUCCCUGCGGCAAUGGCACCUGCACCAACGUGGUGGGAGGAUUCGAGUGCGCCUGCGACGAGGGCUUCGAGCCUGGGCCCAUGAUGACCUGUGAAGACAUCAACGAGUGCUCCCUGAACCCGCUGCUCUGCGCCUUCCGCUGCAUCAACACCUUCGGCUCCUACGAGUGCACCUGCCCCUCUGGCUACGCCCUGCGGGAGGACAGGAGGAUGUGCAGAGAUCUGGAUGAAUGUGCAGAGGGGCUGCACGACUGUGAGUCCCGGGGGAUGCUCUGCAAGAACCUCAUCGGCACCUUCAUGUGCAUCUGCCCUCCCGGCAUGCAGCGGCGGCCCGACGGCGAGGGGUGCACAGAUGAGAACGAGUGCAGGACCAAGCCCGGGAUCUGCCCCAACGGGCGCUGCGUGAACACGGCCGGGAGUUAUCGCUGCGACUGCAACGAGGGCUUCGAGGCGUCGGCCUCGGGCACGGAGUGCAUCGACACCCGCCAGGGCUUCUGCUUCACCGAGGUGCUGCAGACCAUGUGCCAGAUGUCCUCCACCAACCGCAACCUGGUGACCAAGUCCGAGUGCUGCUGCAACAGCGGGCGCAGCUGGGGCCCGCAGUGCGAGCUCUGCCCCCUGCCCGGCACUGCCCACUACAAGAAGAUGUGUCCCCACGGCCCUGGCUACUCCACGGAUGGCAGAGACAUCGACGAGUGCAAGGUGCUGCCCAACCUGUGCAGGAACGGGCAGUGCAUCAACAGCAUCGGCUCCUUCCGCUGCCACUGCCGCCUGGGCUACACCCCCGACAUCACAGGCACCGCCUGCCAGGAUCUGGACGAGUGCAACCAGUCCCCAAAGCCCUGCAACUUCAUCUGCAAGAACACCGAGGGCAGCUACCAGUGCUCGUGCCCCCGGGGGUACGUCCUGCAGGAGGACGGCAAAAUCUGCAAAGACCUGGAUGAGUGUUCCACCAAGCAGCACAACUGCCAGUUCCUCUGUGUCAACGUCAUCGGGAGCUUCAACUGCAAGUGUCCCCCUGGCUUCACCCAGCACCACUCGUCCUGCAUUGACAACAACGAGUGCACAGCUCAGCCCUCCCUGUGUGGAGCCAAGGGGCAGUGCCUGAACACCCCGGGCAGCUACAACUGCGAGUGCCAGAAGGGAUUUUCCCUGGACAGCUCCGGGGUCAACUGCGAAGAUGUGGACGAGUGUGACGGGAACCACCGGUGCCAGCACGGCUGCCAGAACGUGCUCGGGGGUUAUCGCUGCGGCUGCCCCCAGGGCUACGUGCAGCACUACCAGUGGAACCAGUGCGUGGACGAGAACGAGUGCUCCAGCCCCUCAGCCUGCGGCUCUGCCUCCUGCUACAACACCCUGGGCAGCUUCAAGUGCGUCUGUCCCUCGGGCUUCGACUUCGACCAGGCCUUCGGGGGCUGCCAGGACGUGGACGAGUGCUCGGCCGGGGGCAGCCCCUGCAGCUACGGCUGCUCCAACACCGACGGCGGCUACCUGUGCGGCUGUCCUGGGGGCUACUUCAGGGCUGGCCAGGGCCACUGCAUUUCUGGUUUGGGAUUUGGGAAGGGUCCCUACCUGCCUGCUCCCCAGGAGGAGGACGAGGACAACCUGCUGUCCCCUGACACCUGCUACGAGUGCAAGAUCAACGGGUACCCCAAGAGGGGCCGGCAGCGGCGCAGCGUCAACGGCACCGAGGGGCAGCAGCAGGACCAGGCUGUGAAUUUGGCCAGCAUGGACGUGGAGACGCCGCUGUCCAUGACGCUGAACCUGUCGGAGCUGGCGCACAGGGAGCACAUCCUGGAGCUGCUGCCGGCGCUGGAGCCGCUGGAGAACCGCGUGCGCUACACCAUAGCGCAGGGCAACGAGGAGGGGCUCUUCAGGAUCCACCACAAGGAAGGGCUCAGCUUCCUGCACCUGGGCCGCAAGAAAAUCCUGCCGGGCACCUACGUGCUGGAGAUCGUCAGCGUGGCGCUGCCCCGCCGCAGGGAACUGCACAAACUCGAGGCCAACAACCACCUCGACUACUUGGCGGGGGAGCUGGGCCAGGCACUGAGGAUGAAGCUGCAGCUCCAGCUCUACUAAAGCCACCAGAGACCCCCCCAGUCCCACCCCUGCCACCCACCCCGGCAACAGCAACGGGCUCCUCUCCUGCCAGCGCGGCCACCAACGCCAGGACAGCCUGGGGAAGGGUCCCUGUGGGGUCAGCCAUGGGAAAUGCUCCUCUGGGAUCAACCAUGGGAAAUUUUCCUGUGGGAUCAACCACAGCCAUGGGAAAUGCUCCUUUGGGAUCAACCACGGCCAUGGGAAGUGCUCCUCUGGGAUCAGCCACGGGAAAUGUCCUGCUGGGAUCAGCCACUGCCAGGACAGCCUGGGGAAGGGUCUCUCUGGGAUCAACCACAGCCAUGGGAAAUGCUCCUCUGGGAUCAGCCUUGGGAAAUGCUCCUCUGGGAUCAGCCACAGCCACGGGAAAUGUCCUGCUGGGAUCAGCCAUGGGAAAUGUCCCUCUGGGAUGGGCCACAACAGGGACAGCCAUGGGAAAUGUCCCUCUGGGAUCAGCCUCGGGAAAUGCUCCUCUGGGAUCAGCCAUAGAUACAGGAAAUGUCCCUGUGGGAUCAGCCACAGCCACGGGAAAUGUCCUGCUGGGAUCAGCCAUGGGAAAUGCUCCUCUAGGAUCAACCAUAGCCAUGGGAAAUGUCCUGCUUGGAUCAACCACAGGAAAUGUCCCUUUGGGACCAGCCACAGCCAUGGGAAGUGUCCCUGUGGGAUCAAAGGUGCUGAGUCAUUCUCAGAGUAAAAGGUGCUCAUUCCUGGGAUAAAAUGUGCUGAUUCCCUGGAUAAAAGGUGCUCAAUUCCCAGGAUAACGGUGCUCACUAAUUCCCGGGAUAACCGUGCCCAUUCCCGGGAUAACGGUGCUAAUUCCUGGGAUAACCAUGCCCAUUAAUUCCCGGGAUAACCAUGCCCAUUCCCAGGAUAAAGGUGCUCACUAAUUCCCAGGAUAACCGUGCCCAUUCCCGGGAUAAAGGUGCUCGUUAAUUCCCGGGAUAACCGUGCCCAUUCCCGGGAUAACCGUGCCCAUUCCCACGGAAUUCCCGGGAAAAUGGUGCUCA